AUGGCUGACUCCGAAUCCGAUGAAGAAUAUGAGUAUGAAUAUGGCACAGAGACUGAGAGCUUUUAUCUCAACCUGGACCUGACCGCCCAUCAUGGCCCAGUGCGCCCUCCACGCCGUCGCCCAAAGGACGCCGGUUCCCUGGAUGAUACACAGAACCCAGCAGAAGACAUGGGCCAAGGAUUUCCAGGCGAAGCUUAUCCCCCGAUCGAGAGCGCCGAGACAGGCAACCUCCCCAACGAACGAAUCCAAAUUCUCGACCUCCACACCAGCAACCCAAUCAUUUCAUACUACAACCAGAUGUUCAGUUGCUCCUGGGCUGAUCAAAUUGGCACCGAGCUUAUUUUCGUCAGUCCAAGCACAGAAACUGACCCAAACAACCCUUUCCCUCAACCGCUACACCGUGGACCCUCCUACGAGCUUGUGGCCGCCAACAGUGUGAAGAUCCUUGGUCGGAAGGCACAGCUCGCCCCAAGCGCUGGGCCAGGGCCAGCUCAAGGCGUUACUGAAGGACCCUCGGAGUCCGUGUCUUCUCAGGGCGCCGAACCCCUUGGAGCACCCCGUCGUCCUGCAGUCCCAUCCCACCAGGCGCAGUUCCUCCAGAGGUUGCAGCAGAUCAAGAACCGCAAGGGAGAGGAGGAUACCGUUCGCACGGUCAUGAGUACACGUCGGCAGGUGAAUAUGACGGACAGACAGCAAGGCUGGGCCCGUACUGAGGCGCAACUGGCUGAGAUCGAGAGGCUGAACGAACGUGCUUCGAGAGGGGACUUGGAGGCUAAGGCGACUCUUGAGCUUCUGAUUCAAGAGGUCAACCAAGAGCUCAACCCUGAUGAGGCAGAGGCUGAGUCUGAGUCCGACUCGGAGUUAACGUCUGACAGCGAUGAUCUUACUUCAUGA